AUGACUAUGACAGAUACGCCUCUCAAUGUCCUCGUUGUUGGAGCGGGGAUCGCGGGCCUCUCCGCUGCCAUUGCUCUUGGCAAACAAGGUCAUCGCGUUGUGAUUUUGGAAAAGUCGGCAUUUUUGAGAGAGGCCGGUGCUGCAAUCCAUCUGCCACCAAAUUGCACGGCAGUACUCCGCUGGAUGGGCGUUGAUCCUCUUGAUUUUGGAGGUACAUUGAUACAGGAGAUUCACCGAUACGGAUAUGAGGGAAAUUUGAAGUAUAAGAAGAACUUCACGGAUAUACGCCAUCUCUGGCAAGCAGAGUUCUAUCUCGUUCAUCGGGUUGAUCUACACCAUCAUCUCAAAAAGCGCGCUCUGGAGACCGCAACACUCCAUACUCAAUGCAACAUCAUCAACGUAGAUCUUGAAGCAGAAUCCCCUUCGGUCACACUCAAAGACGGUCGCAUUUUCAAGGCCGACCUGCUUCUCGGUGCAGAUGGAAUCCAUUCCCAGCUACGUCAAAGUGUCGCUCCUGGUUCUCCAGCUCCAUACGCUGUCGGAAAGUCCUGCUUCCGUUGGCUCCUUCCAACGGAUGAAUUGAAACAGUACGAGAACACCAUCGACUUUGUUAAAGAUCCAGGAGUGUUUAUUGAAUGGGCUUCCGACGACCGACGACUUGUAGCCUACCCUUGCUCUGAUGACAAGAUGUUCAAUCUAUGUGCCUUUAUGCCUUCAACAGAAACAAAAACAGACACCCAUAAUGGCGGAUCCCAAGCAGCGGGCGACAAGGCAACGAUUGUUAACGCCUUUUUAAAGUUCUCCCCGGGUGUGCGAAGAAUAAUUGACAGCGCAGAGAAUGAUCUUAAGGUCUGGGACUUGUAUGACAUGAAGUCGCUACCAAACUGGACGAAAGGCCAUACCGCUCUUCUGGGAGAUGCAGCACAUCCGUUCCAGCCAUACAUGGGUCAAGGAGCAGCCAUGGCCAUUGAAGAUGCCGUUAGUAUUGCGACCUUACUUCCACAGGGAACUGCGCCUGAGAAUAUUCCAUCGCGUCUCGAAAUGUAUGAGAAAUCUCGCCGGGAACGGGUCGAGUUUGUUCUUCAUUACACGCGAUUGAAUGGGCGAGAUGAAAAUGACACCUCCAGUGCGAGGAUGACGGCCGAGGAAAUGGUGAAGGUCAUGGAGAUAUGUUUUUCGCACAACGUGAUUGACCACUCCACACAGUUGCUGGAGGGUCAAUAG